CCCCUUCCCUCCCUCCCAAAACUCGCGCAGCCAGGCACCGCACCGCACCAGACCAGGCCGAAACGGGCGAAUUUUACCCGCCGGGCCGUGCCGGAGCGCGCCGGAAGCCAUGGCGGAGUGCCGCAGCCUCAUCGAGUUCCUGCGCGCCUUCGAGCACCACCGGAGGGCGGCGGACUCCUCAUGCGGCGCCCGAUCCAAGCGCGCGCCAUCCCCGCCCUCCUCCAGGCGCCACCUCACCGCCCUCUGCGACCACUCGCCGAUGGCCUUGGUGGACGCGCUCGUGCUGCUCGCCGUCCUCGCCGCGCUGGGCUUCCUUGUGGCCCCGCACGCCAGGCUCCUCCUCCUCGAGGUGCGCGCGCUGCUGCUCCACCCGGCGGCCUCCUGCCUCUCGGCCGCGCCGCUCGCGGGGGCCGCCGCGGCCGUGGCCGGGGCCGCGCUCGGCUGGGCGCUGCUGGGCCACCACGCGCGCAAGUGUGGAAAGCCGCGCUGCAGGGGCCUCAAGAAGGCCGUUGAGUUCGACAUCCAGCUCGAGACGGAGGAGUGCGUGCGCGGCCGCCCCACCCCCGCCGCGCGAUCGGCGCUGCUCGCCGCCGCCGGGGCGCGCCCCGUGGAUCUCGGCGAUGCGCACCGCGAGCUCGAGGCCGAGCUCCGGAAGAUGGCGCCGCCCAAUGGCCGCACGGUGCUCAUCUUCCGCGCGCCCUGCGGAUGCCCCAAGGGCCGCAUGGAGGUCUGGGGCGCCAAGAAGGUGCGCCGGAUCAAGAAGUAGACACAAGAUGAAGGGUCAGAUAGUUCCUUCUUUAUACUAGUAAUAAACAGUAGCUGAAAUACAGGUUGCCUCCUUGGUAAUAAGUAUAGCGAGAGAGAAUAAAGAGAUCAUACAAAUAGUUAUAUCAAAAUAUCAGAUGAUAGACUAUAGAUCAUGUGUUACCAUGCAGAGGAUGUUUAAACAUAAAUAUAUAUGGAUGCUUGUUCAUUCCCUGUUUUUUA